AGAUAUAAGUAAUGGCUGCCUCCGUGGUAGGAGAGUGUCAACAUUUUAGAUCAUAUGUAGUAUAAAAAAUAAUCAACAUGGUUUAAAUAUCACCGAUUAUUGUGACAAAACCCGAUUUAUUUCCUAUGGAAAAUAUUCCAAUUGUUCAUCCGAGCGUUUAUAACUAAAUGAAAUUGGUUUUAUAAUAAACCAAGUAUGAAAAAUUACGAUACUCGAGCUCUGAUCAAAGGAAAACAAAUCGGUUUAUCUAAUGAAGACACGAGGGGAAAUUCAGUAGUUGAUAGAUUGAAAUCCGUAACUCAGUACGAUUUUGAUUCGAGUACUUUAAGAAGCCAAAGUUUACCAGACUGCAGCAACAAUGAAAGUGAGUUAAAAACAUCCUUAGAAACGAACGAGUGGAAUAAAUCUCUAGAUAAAGACUCACAAUGUCAAAAAACAGAAUCGUGGUUUAAAACGUUCAGAACUUGGCCGGAAAGAUAUGAAAAGUUAAAAGACGUCGAAUCGAGUCCAUCUCAAUCAUCCCCAAUGAAAUCUUCGAAUACUCAAGAAAGCUCUCAAUGUAAUUAUAGUGAUAACUCUUAUGUGAAAAACAAACUCUCUUUUAACGAAGCUUUACAAAACAUAUCAUUAGCUUAUAGUCCCAUAACUAAACAACUACAUUUAGUUGACAAUCCUAAGACUUAUGAGACUGAAACUGAAAAAGACUCUAGCAAUAACGAUGAAAGUAAUUUAAAAAAAUUAGGACAUAGGAGAAACGAGGAUGGAUCUUUUUCCAGUACUAUUUCCAGUUGGAGUGCUAUUAGUGACCCUUCGACUUCUGGAAGCUUGAUUGGUUCCGAAGACAGAUCAGUUUCUAGUUUGGAAAUAAGUAACAUGAAAUUGAGAAGAAAAAGUUUAACGAAUUUUCUCUCAAAGCACGUUUUUACUUGGAAAGUGUCUACCGAACCUACGAGUAGUGUUUGGAAGAUUUUCAGUAAACAACCGAAUGCUAAUGAUAACAUUUCACCUGUACAUGUAGUUGCGAGUUCCUCGGCUCUAAUACAACACGAAAGGCCUUCUAAUUUGCCGGCUAAAUCGCAGGAAGAAGACCAGAGACACAAAGAUGAAUACAAGGCGAUAUUAGUUGCUGUGAAGAAGAAAGAAGCCCAAACGACAGCUGCUAAACAUAAACAGCAGAAACAGCAAUUGAAAAUUGAGGAACGACAAGCCGCUUCAACAAGACAUUUUAUUCAAAAUGUAUUGCCCAAUUGGAACACAAUGUGUUCCCAUAGGAAAACUUUAGACCUUUGGUGGCAGGGUCUUCCUUCAAGCGUCAGAGGCAAAGUAUGGCGGUUAGCUAUAGGCAACGAAUUAAAUCUCACUCGCCAACUUUACGAUAUUUGUGUAAACCGAGCUCAAAAUCGCCUUAAUAACGUAGAAAUAACCAACAGCAAAUCAGAUUUAGAUCAAGAGAGUAGCAUGGACGUCAUCCAACUAGAUAUAUCGAGAACUUUUCCCCAACUAGGAAUUUUUCAAGAAGGAGGACCUUAUUCAGAAGCCUUACAUUCCCUUCUAGCAGCUUACGUUUGUUAUAGGCCCGACGUCGGUUACGUUCAAGGUAUGUCUUACAUAGCGGCCAUUUUGAUAUUAAACAUGGAACCCUGCGACGCUUUUAUAUGCUUUUCGAAUUUAUUGAAUCAACCCCUACAUUUAUCGGCGUUCACUCUAAAUCAGGACCGGAUGCAGACUUAUUACAAAGCUUAUGAUGAAGUUUUCAAUCACAACCUACCCAAGCUCCAUUCCCAUUUUUCUAAAUCCGGUUUGACGCCCGAUUUGUACCUACUUGACUGGAUAUAUACCAUAUUCGCCAAAGCCAUGCCCCUGGAUAUCGCCUGUAGAGUCUGGGACGUGUUUUUAAGAGACGGAUUCGAAUUUAUAUUCAGAACCGGUUUAGGUAUAUUGAAUUUGUAUCAAGAUACUCUUAUCGAAAUGGAUUUUUUACAAGGGGCGCAAUUCCUUACUCAUUUACCCGAAGAUAUUUCGGCGGAUUCUCUGUUUAGAUGUAUACAAGGUGUUAAUACUACUGUCGGUAAACAAACUUUUAAUCAAAUUAUCGAAAAGUGUAAAUUUAGUUAGUAUUCGAAGGGAAGAGUUAGUAUUUUCAUCGGGACUCAAGUAAGUUGAUAAAUUAUUUGAAAUUAACGUUCAACUUAAGUUAAUUGAAGAUUUAAUUUAUUUUAUUCCGCUUAUAUCUUGAAUUUAAUAUUAUUCUGGAUUUCCAAGUCUUGGUGUUAGAAUUUGUCUCAAUUUUUUGAUUUUCUUCCAAGCUACUAGUAAAAAUCCACCGAAAUGAUGUUUAAAACUUUUCUAUGGUUAAUUGGGGUGUUUUUUCCAAUGUGAUUAUCAAUUUUAAACAAUUUCUGGAAAAUAAUCUAAAAAAAUUAUGUGCCAACUAAAAGUUGUUGAAUUUCCAUGAUUUUCUUUCAAGCAUCUAGUAAAUAUCCAUGGAAAUGAUUUUUAGAACCCUACUAUAGUUAAUUGGGGUGUUUUUUUCAGUAUAAUUAUCAAUUUUAAACAAAUUUGAGGGUAGUACUUUCAGAUUUGAUUAAUAUUCAUGUGUCAGCUCUUUCAUUGACUCUAAAAAUACUAUACAUCAAUAAUUAUGAGUUUGUUAUUUAGUAAAAAGAAUCCGAUACAAAAUUUUUUAUUUUUUGUAACUUUUGGUAGAAUUUUGACAAUAAACUCAAACAAAUUUUAAGAAAUAAUCAAAAAAAGUUUGUCCUAACUAAAAGUGUUUCCAUGAUUUUCUUCCAAGCAUUUACUAAAUAUCCACCAAAAUAAUGAUUUGAACUUUUCUAUAGUUGAUUGGGUUGUUUUUUCAGUAUAAUUAUCAAUUUUAAACAAAUUUGAGGGUAAUACUUUCACAUUUGAUGAAUAUUCAUGUCCCAACUCUUUCAUUGACUCUAAAAAUACUAUACAUUAAUAAUUAUGAGUUUGGUGUUUAGUAAAAAGAAUCUGAUACAAGAUUUUUGUUUUCCUUGCUACUUUUGGAAGAAUUUUGACUAUAGAAUAAAAAAAUAGGAAAUAACCUAAAAAAAUUUGAUCUAACUAAAUAUGAUUGAAAUGUCAGGAUUAGUUUAUAUUUUCCCGGUUUUCUAAGUAUUUUUUGAGGUUAGAAUUUGUCUCAAUGUCCAUUUUCCUCAUUUGGUUUAAAUAAUGUUUGUAUAAAACCUGUAAUAGUUGUAAUAACAAAUUACUCCUUUGGUUUAGAGCUUUUUUCCUUAUAUUUCCUAUUACAUUUGUUAUUUUGUUGUUUUCCAUUGACUUUAAAAAUACUAUACAUGAUAUACGUGCCUUAAUUUGAUUUGUACUAUCAUUUUAAUUUUAAAAAAUACAGUAAUACAUCAAUAGAAAUUUGAUGAGUAUGGUGAAUAUUUUUUAUGGCGGGCCAAAUUUGGUUUAAUGUAUUUUCCACUUUUCGAAAUAGAUUUUUUAAAUGGUUUUAAUAAUCACUGUUGUAUCCACGGCAUGCGUUGCUUAAAGUGCCUUAGGGGUACAUUGUAUAUCGGCUAUGAAUGGUAAAUACAAGAACGGCCUAAGAACAUUACCCUGGGGUAUACCUGUAUGUUUUUCAUGCUACUCUGAUAAUUCUUCUUCGAAUUCAACUCUUCUCAAGGCUCUUCUUGAUUCUAUUCACAAUUCUGUGACACUGCUGAGUAAACGGGAACUUUAACAUUAGUUUUAAUUUGUUUUAUAUCAUUUAGUAUAUAUAUAUAUAUAUAUAUAUAUAUAUAUAUAUAUAUAUAUAUAUAUAUAUAUAUAUAUAUAUAUAUACAUUGGACAUAGUCUUUCAUUGACUUUAAAGAUACUAUACAUUGAUAUUUGGUUAAUCAGACAUAGGUUUUAACCUAUUUCAUAAUUUUUAGUAUCUACUUUCUAUGUUGGUACAUUCAAUUCGAUAUUUUUAGGUCUUCAUUGACUCUAAAGAUACUAAACAUUCAUAUUUGAUAUACCGGACAAUGGUUUAGAUACAGGUACAAUAAUUUCCAUAUUUGGUGCUUAUUUCUCAUAAAUGUAUUACAGAAAUACUUGUAUAUUAAUCAUCUAUUCCACAAACUAGUAUUUUAGUCAGAAAUAAAAAAAUAACAUUUAGCGAUCUGCUAAUAAACAGUGACAAGUUGUCUAGAAAGUGAGAGAAUAUGUUCAAGUCGUUUUUCGAAAUGUUUUAUUUACAUUUUUAUGAAAAAACAAUCGAUUUUGAAUAUACUACACAUUAUAUUCAAUAAAAUGAAAAUUGGGCACCAGUUUUAACUUAUUUUAUGUUGGUACGUUGAAUUUUGUACUUCUCCGUUGACUUUAAGAAUAUUAUACAAGAUAUUUGGUAAAUUGUUCUUUGUUUUUGAUCUGUUACAUCAGGUUACGUUUAUAUUUUCCAGGCUAAAAUUUAAUAUUUUGCUAAUCUUCAAUUGACUUUAGAAAUGCUAUACAAAUUUAGUAAAAAGAAUCCGAACUGAACAUUUUUGAGAUAUUCAAAUUCUAUUUACCCCAGUUGUUAAGAUUUGAGGUUCCAAAUAACAAGAACUGAAUUAGUUAUAAAAAAUGUAUAAAUUAAUGAUUUUAAACCGCCCAAAAAGUCCAAUUUGAAAAAAAUUCUAUUAUAUACAGAUUAACGAUUUUUUGUAUAUAAAAUCAAAACUAUCAUCUGUUAUUUUCCAUUCAAGUAGUUUUCAGCUAAAUUUCAUACAGUAACAAAUCUAAUACUUUGACUGACAUUAAUCGAUUUUAAAACAAAAAAAUUUUGAAACAUCCCAUGAUUUAUUUGCCUAAUCCGUUGAUAGAAUCGAUCUAUUUUACAGUGCCAAAUACUUUUGAUAUAAAAUAAAUAAAUUUUAAUAUCCGUUUGUCAGUCAACGUGUUUAUGAUCAUCUAAAACAAUAAAUACAGUACCUUAUAGAGAAAUAGAGACAUCUUUUGAAAAUACUCGAAUUUUCAUCCUCUUAAUCAAUGAGAUUUUCGCGAAAAUAUACAUUUAACCACAUAUUGUAUUUAUUCAUUCAAUGUUAUUGAUAUUUGAUAAAUGAAAAAAAUAUAUAUAUAUAUUUUUGUAAUUUUUUUGAUUUUAUACUUGUAUUUAGCGACCAUCCCUCGUAUUUAUAUCACCAAUACAAUGUUUUAAACAAUAUUUGUAACAGUUGACGCAACCCAAAUGUUAAUGCUCUUUCGGGGCACGAAAAUAAUUUUUUCUAAUUAAUUCAUUUCACAAUACAAUUACGCUUCUUUUUUUAAUAAUUUUUGAUUAUAUACUUACCGAAUUUGAGGUUUAUGGCUACCGGGAGCUAAUUUUUACAUAGAAUUUUCUUUUUAUUACGUUUUUAUAACAUAACCUAUAUAUUCUUAAACAAGGAGAAAA